ACCAAAAAACUAAUCUCUCAACUACAGUGAAAACAGCGAAUUUUUUUGUAGACAGUAAAUGUUAAUAAAUAACGUCAAUAAAGAUAAGAAACUAAUCAAAUAAAUUUUUGGAAAUCGAAGAAAACUUAAAAACAUUCGCUUCGCUAGACUGAAAAACUCCUCCUUCUCCUAUAUCCUUGUUUGUGGCAUUCGUUGGGGUCAAAUGAUCUUGAAACAUGGAUGUUGAAAUUCUAUCCAAAUAUGCCGUUCUCAUGCGCAACACCAAAGUGCGCCUUCAUCAAAGUCCCGACAUUCUGAUCGAAGAUGACGGCGAAAAGAAUAACGAUGAAAUCACAGUCGAUGCUGGUGCACUAAUAAAAAUAUUUCAAUCGAAAACACCUUCAAACAGUGGCCAAAGUUCUAGUGGCUCGAAAAAUUUGAGUACUAUUCAAGUACUUGAUCUGAUCAAUAAAAUGCCCAUCUUUGAAAACCUUUACGAGUGUCCCCAGGCCAGUUUGCGACGUGUUGACGAAAAUCUUUGGCCUUAUAUUAUCAGCAUUGUGGAUCCCGAACAGCGUUUACGCAUGCUGCAAGAUACAAAUCAUUGCAAGUGGCUGGUGUAUUUAAAAAUCAAUGACUUUGUCAGUGUAUCGGGUGAAAUGUUCGAUAGACCUGGUACAAAUUUCGAUUGUAUAAUUCGUUAUAUAGGACCAGUUACGGAACUUCAUUCUGUUGGUUACUUUUUUGGCUUGGAAAUAUUGGAUUUAAAUAGUGGUUAUUCACCUCAAUCGGAUAAAGUGACAUUUGCCACUUCAUACAUGCAGUGUGAUCCAUUAUUGUCCAUAUUCACCACAGCUAAUUGGAUUUCGCAAAUACCCAAAGAACAACAAAAAACAUUUUCUACUCGUGGCAUAAUAAAUGGUGCACUAGAAAAGCUGAAGUCUGCCAUUGGUCCUAGCAGUUCUUUAACGGGAAGUGUUGCCAGCAACACCUCAUCACUGAAAAGGGAUAAAAAAGCCAAGAAAAAUAAAACACCAUCAGCCCAGUUUUAUGAUCAAACAGAGGACACCACUGAUAGUUGCACCUACAAUAAUAACAAUAACAACAACAACAACAACAGCAACAAUAAAAUGGAACGCAGCAAAAAGGAACCAUCAAAUACUGCCAUGACACUAAACAGUGAAGAGUUCAAACAGUCUAUAGAAAUUCGUGAAAAAAGUUUGGAACGUCGAGCCACUACCAAUACGGUACAGACCCAAACACAACCGCAAAGUGGUAUAUUAAAAAAUAAACACAAAGAUCAAACAAAAUCUACAUCUAUUGUACCGGUAAGUGGUCCCGAAAUUGUGGUCAUACAUAAUACUGACAUAGAUGAGUCGAAACGUCAAGAAGUUAUUGUUUUUGAUAAGGAACGCCACGAUGUCGAUUUAGCAGAAAUACUUGGCAGUGACUGGCCAACAACGGCUGGUGAUGCUGCAGUAAUCUUGAAUAAACAAAAGUUACAAAACUCCAAUAUCUCGGGCAUUGCUGGUGGCAGUUCAGUGGGUAAUAACAUCGGUACAACAAAUAAAACUAAUCGCAAUAAAUCAUCUAAUCCAUUGACACAUUUAGCUGGCAAUAAUGCAAAAAAGACAAAUGAUUCGACUUCUUCAAACAAUAAGAAUAUCGACAAUAAAAAAAUACAAAAGUCUCAUAACAGCAAUCCCAUACCGGAAACAUAUGAUAAAAUUGACACACAACAACUUCUGUAUGCUAAUACACCUUCCAAUCAAAUUGAUACAGAUGCAGCCUAUGAUCCGCCUGAAUUUUUGCCCGCUGUUUUGGAUAGUGAAUUUAUGCAAGUGCCAUGCUUACAAGAGGUGCCCAGCACAGAUUUAGGUAUGGGCUCUAUGGUCGAGGUCAAUGUACCAGAGUCAAAUAAACAUUUGUACGGCGUUAUACGUUGGAUUGGCGUUCCACCUGGCAAUAAGAAUAUUUUGAUUGGUGUGGAAUUGGAAGAUGACUGUAUUGACAAACAACUUCUAACAACAGAUGGCGGAUAUAAUGGUAUUUCAUUGUUUAAGUGCCCAGUUGGUCGGGGUAUUUUUGUUACUAGCGAGCAGUGCUCUAUUGACAGGCGAUUUUUAGGGGCAGAUGGUGGAGCUGUUGGCAAUGGCAUUACUGAAGCAGCUGAUAUUAAAUCAAAAACUACAAAUGGUUUUCAUGAGGAACAGCAAACAUUUGGUUUUAUGGAAUGUCCCGUUGUGCCGGGAGCAGUAGCACCUAUCAAAUGUUCCAGUUUGAAUGGAUUAGAAGAGCUAUGCGGUAACUUUAAAGGCAUACAAGGUCAUCACAAUUCAUGUUAUUUGGAUGUCACUCUAUUUUCCAUGUUUGCUUUUACGCCAGUAUUCGAUGCAAUUCUGUAUAGACCUCCAGAAAAAGAUGACAUUUCACACUAUACCGAAGUGCAAACAGUUUUGCGAGAAGUAAUUGUGAAUCCUUUGCGCAAACAUAUGUUUGUUAGAGCUGAUCGCGUAAUGGAAUUACGACAAUUAUUGGAUAAACUGAGUUCAGUUAGUGGUUUGACGAGCGAAGAAAAAGAUCCCGAAGAGUUUCUAAACUGUUUAUUGUCACAGAUCAUGAGAGCAGAACCAUUUCUUAAGUUUAAUUCUGGCCAGGAUGCCUACUAUUACCAACUGUUUGUUGAGAAAGACGAACGUUUAUCAUUUCCCAGUGUCCAACAAUUGUUCGAACAAAGUUUUUACUCAUCUGAUAUUAAGCUGAAGGAAGUGCCUUCGUGUCUUAUAAUACAAAUGCCUCGAUUCGGUAAAAGCUUUAAAAUGUAUCCGCGCAUAUUGCCCUCACAAGUAUUGGAUGUCACCGAUAUAAUAGACGACUCGCCACGUCAAUGUUCCGUUUGCGGCAAAUUGGCUGAAUAUGAAUGUCGUGAUUGUUUUGGUGUGUUACAGAAUGGUAUUGGCUUAGAGAGUACAUCAUUUUGUCCCAAGUGCCUGGAAACUGUGCAUAUGCAUGCUAAGAGAUCCAAUCAUAAAAAUCGCAAAUUAUCUGUGCCACAAGAUUUUCGUGUAAUGGCCGAUCAUAUGACCGUACCACGUUUGUAUAUGGAACUCUUUGCGGUGGUUUGUAUUGAAACCUCUCAUUAUGUAACAUUCGUAAAGGCUGGUUCGGGCCCCGAUGCGCCCUGGUGUUUCUUUGAUUCCAUGGCGGAUCGAAAAGGUGAACAGUACGGUUAUAAUAUUCCAAAAAUGAUAACUGUACCCGAUUUGCCACAAUGGCUGUCGGAGGAUGGUGCACGUACUGUUAAUGAAACUUCUUCCAAUGAUAAAAUGUUACCAGAGCAUGCCAAGCGUUUGUUUUGCGAUGCAUACAUGUGUAUGUAUCAAAGUACAGAUGUCAUGAUGUAUCGUUAAUUUAUUAUUACUAUUAUUUAUGUCUUAAUUUUGUUAAAAAGUUAAGUUUCUUUUGUAAUAUUUUUAGUUUACAUACAUAACAGACUUAUUUACAUAUCUUUUCGUUAAAGAUACAAAUUUGUUUUUAGUCGGGUUAUUUUACAGAUCGUAUUUAUAAUUUAAUAAAAUAUGCAAUUUUGUUUAAAUAAAUCAAAA